UAUGCCAACACUGGCUGUCAGUCGUACCUCGAUAAUGGCUGCAAUUGUGCGAUUUAAUUUGUUAACAAAACCGCAAAUUGUUGCGGCUUUGCCUGCCAGUCUGCAGUUGCAGCGGCUACAGAGCACUCAAGCUCCACCACCGGGAACACCACCACCACAGACGAAGACCAAAUUCGGUCCGCUGGCCGAUGAGGACCGCAUCUUUACCAAUCUUUAUGGACGUCAUGAUUGGCGACUUAAGGGAGCCUUGAAGCGUGGGGAUUGGUACAAGACCAAGGAGAUUGUUCUGAAGGGCCCCGACUGGAUUAUCAAUGAGAUUAAGACAUCGGGCUUGCGUGGUCGCGGUGGAGCUGGUUUCCCCAGUGGCAUGAAAUGGUCUUUCAUGAAUAAGCCCGGGGAUGGACGUCCCAAAUAUUUGGUCGUAAAUGCUGAUGAAGGUGAGCCUGGAACUUGCAAGGAUCGUGAUAUUAUGCGACAUGACCCACACAAGUUGGUCGAAGGUUGUCUUAUUGCUGGUCGUGCUAUGGGCGCCCAAGCAGCCUACAUCUAUAUCCGUGGAGAAUUCUACAAUGAAGCAUCCAACAUGCAGUUGGCCAUUGCUGAGGCCUAUCAGGCCGGUCUCAUUGGCAAGAAUGCCUGCGGCACCGGCUAUGACUUUGAUGUCUUCAUGCAUCGCGGCGCUGGUGCCUACAUUUGCGGCGAGGAGACCGCUCUGAUUGAAUCGCUGGAGGGCAAGCAGGGUAAGCCCCGCUUGAAGCCGCCAUUCCCAGCUGAUGUCGGUGUCUUUGGUUGUCCCACAACUGUCACCAAUGUGGAGACAGUGGCUGUGGCUCCAAGUAUUUGCCGUCGCGGUGGACCAUGGUUCGCCAGUUUCGGUCGUACUCGUAAUUCGGGCACGAAACUAUUCAAUAUCUCUGGUCAUGUCAAGAAUCCAUGCACCGUCGAAGAGGAAAUGUCCAUACCGCUAAAGGAGCUGAUUGAGCGUCAUUGCGGCGGCGUCACUGGUGGUUGGGAUAAUCUAUUGGGUGUCAUUCCUGGCGGUUCCUCAACACCCAUUAUACCCAAAAGUGUUUGCGAUGAUGUGAUUAUGGAUUUCGAUGGUUUGAUUGCGGCUCAAACAUCUCUGGGCACAGCGGCCAUUAUUGUGAUGGACAAGUCAACGGACGUGAUUAAGGCUAUCGCUCGUUUAAUUUCCUUCUACAAACAUGAAAGUUGCGGUCAAUGUACGCCAUGCCGCGAGGGUAUUGGCUGGAUGAACAAAAUCAUGACACGCUUUGUGAAAGGUGAUGCUCAGCCCGCUGAAAUCGAUAUGCUGUGGGAGAUUUCCAAACAAAUUGAAGGACACACAAUUUGUGCGUUGGGCGAUGGUGCCGCUUGGCCGGUUCAAGGUCUCAUUCGUCACUUUAGGCCCGAAAUCGAGAAGCGUAUGCAACUGCAUGCUGGACAGCAGACAAAACGAGCCAGCAAUUAAGUUAAAACAACAACAAUGAAAUAAUGUUAUAGCUAAUUUUAUUUGCUCGUUUACUAUGCAAAAAUAAAAUGUAAUAUUCUCCAAACCCAA